AGCAAGUCUAUCCAUCUUCUUUAAAGGACAAGUAAUUGUUCUCAAACCUUUAAUUGACCUCGCUUUGCAUUAAUUUGUUUCAUGGUUUCAUGUAAUCUAACUUGAUCCUAGCGUUUAUUUUUCCUUAACCAAUCAGAACGCAGGAUAUUACUGUCACUAUUCCGCGCAAUUGGCCCAAUAUAAUAAUCUCAAAGAUGCGGAUGUUUCAAUUUCGAUUCAUCAUCAGUUUCAAGGGGAGGAAAUAACCUUAACCAGGUUAAAGAGAAGUGUUGAAGAGUUAUAAAUUCAGUUUACACGCGUUUUCUCAUAAUUUAGUUUAAAAGAGGGAACGGUUCGUGCCACGAUAAAGUACAUCUACGUAGUAAGGUUUAAGUCGUUGAGAACUUACCCAUGCUAUCUGUUUUCAUGGACAGAUUUUCUUCUGAUAUCAACCUCGUAAGUCACCAAGCGAAGCGGGACCGCUAUCCAAGCCCAUCCAUGGAUUCCUCGUCGUCUGUAGAGGCUUCCUCGGAGCGACGAUCAAGGGUAGCAGGUUGCUUUCGCUUUGCUAUCCCUCAUGUCAUCCUCGUCACCCUGUACCUCAUGUAUCUUGCGCUCGGCGGUGUCAUAUUCUCUGUCUUGGAGUCCUCGAGGUAUAAUCAACUCUCAGCCGAAGAACACAAUAAGAUAGCAGAGGCAGAACUAACAAAGCAAACUAUAUUGGAAGCCUAUCGAAAUGCUUCCAUGGGUAUUGUCAAACUGGAGGAUGGAAACCUCACCGGUCUUCUUGAUUCUCUCAUCGACACCGUCAAUCAUCCCGACUGGAAGGCAGGACGACAAAAAACUCUGAUGAUGGGUCGGGAUUGGUCGUUCCCGAGUGCGAUGCUCUUCUCGAUGACCACUAUCACAACGAUCGGAUAUGGCGAUUUAGUACCAGAAACCGUUACAGGCCAAGCCGUGUGCGUCGUUUACUCUGCCUUUGGAAUACCAUAUUCGUUCUUCCUUCUUGCGGACAUUGGCCAAGUACUGGCUUUAGGCUUUAUCAGGCUCAUACGAUGGCUGAAAUUGUGCCGAAGCAUGAGAAGUACAUCGAAGAAAAAGACGAAAGAAGCCGACGUCUAUGAUGUCCAGACAGCGCAAACACAACGACGUAAUUCAACAAGGAAACCAACAAGAAGAUUUCGAAGUGCAAUGCCAAACGUGACCAUGAGGCACAUGCAGUCCGUACGGUUCAGCGUAGACCCUGGCGAUGUCUUAGACAGGAAAGCUUUACCAAAAACCAGUGUCCUUAACGAAACCAACGACAAAGUAAUCGGUAUGACAGUUCUCAGUACCACACAUGCAGAAGUACCAUCGCCAAACACAAAUAACUCGGGACUAGACCAGUCGUCUCCCGCGAACUGCGUCGAGACGUCUGACAACAAUGGCUCUACCAUCACCACGACUGCACUUGAUGAGAAGAAAGAACCCACUCAACCUAAAGACAUUAGCCGUUGUGAUGCUUCAGAAUGUCAAAGCCAUGAGUUUAACGAUGACGAGGAAGACUAUGCAGCUGAUGAAGUAUCUCUAGCACUAGUUUUCUGUACUCUAUUCAGUUAUAUCUGUCUAAGUGCCUUUGCUUUUACAUUGGUGGAAGAUUGGAACUAUGGCACUGCCUUCUAUUUCACCUUCAUUACACUCACGACAGUCGGUUUUGGCGAUGUCGUACCAGAAGAGCAGUAUGGAGGGAGUCGGUUCUUCUUUUGCCUUCUUUUUACAGUAUUCGGUCUUGCAGUGACAUCCAUGUGUAUAGCCCUUGUUCAGGAUAGAGUAUCCAAAGCAGGACGGAGAUUAUUAGGGUAUCUAGACAGUAGAAGACGUGCAACGGACACUGAAGAGCAGAAAAGUGUCCCUACCAGUAGAGAUGUACGUUGCAAGGAGGGUUGAAUGUGCCACUUUUUUGUGAUGACUACGCCAGACCAACUUAAAAAUUAGCCUUAAUCUGGAGUAGUUGCCUUCGAUAUACAUCGCCCUUUCUUCCGAUGUCUCUAAAAGUUUAUAGGCCAGGGUCAAGAUCAUAGGGAUGAAUCUGGACCCUUUUUCUCCUAUGAAUUCUGCUUCAGGCUUUGUCAUACGAUAGACGCUCGCAGUCACCCAGAUAAAUGAAAAAUCAUAUGUUCAGUGCUCUAAAAGGAAAGACAUCAUUUGCGUCCACAAUAGAAUUGACGAACAGGUCAUCAAAAGAGUUUGAAAUAGCCAAAAUAUACACAUUGUAGACAGUUAUUCAAGGUUGCAUAAUAUCCAACCGAAAGGAAUAUUUCCCGCGAUAUAUUCAGAAGACUGUAACGUUUGCCUUAUGUACUUUCCAUUUGGUCUUAUACGGCAUGAUCAAAUUCUAGCUCUUCUAAUGAUAAUGAUAAUAUUAAUAUGCAACAUUUAUAUAGCGCAUUUUGAAGACAAUGUUUCUGCGCCCUGCAUGCUAUUGCCCCUGCUUAAACACGGCUUCCUUGAUCAGGUGCUCGAGCAUUCAAGGAGCUCCUACCUUGUAUGCUUUUACUACACCUGGGUGGAGAGUGGGAGAUAUAGAUAAACGCAUACCAAAGGACGCGAGUAUCAUUUUGGGAUUCGAGCCCCGGACCUGUGGUACAAAGUCCAGAGAUUUAUCCACUGAGCAACAACACCUCUACAACGGUGCGUGUUGUCUUAUUGACAUUUUGACAUCGAUCGUCCACUUUGACUAAUUUCCAGUAAGACCUAUUUGGCCUUAUAGGCACUUGAUCUGACACCACUGGAUGAAUUGUUUAAGGCCAAUUUUUAUUUGACAAAGUCCAAUCAAAAUAUUAAGAAGACGAAGUGGAACCUUGACCGAUGACAUUAAGAAAAAGUGAGUGUUAUACUGGGUGAUAGUUGACCAUGUGGAUUUUGCCAAGAUGAUAUGGCUAUCUAAGAAUGGGACCAUCUGUUAGUAGACAAAGUGGAUAUAAAGUGACUGAAGUGAUAAGAAGAUUCUCCCUACUCGCCAGAAACCUUGCCACUUUCUUGUAUGAGCUCCUUAUAGUACUUUUGCGAUAUGAUUAUGUCGAGAACCGAAUUUUCGUGGGUAGCACCGAAAGAAAAAUGGAGGUUAUCGUUUUAAUAAGUACUACUGUUUGAUGUAAAUUAUUUUUAGUGUAGAUAUAAUGAAGUUUAACUUCGUGACUUAAAAUAAGGUUUUUUAUCAAAUUUGAAUAAGACUAUUCUAUUUGAUUCGGCUGAAUUAAAGGCCCUAUCUAACCAAAUAAAUUGUUUUGCGACCGCUCGGAGACAAGAGUCAGGGGAUCGUCUCCAAAAUAUAGAAGUUUCUUCGUUUAUCCGAGGAGACGUCUUUGUGUCGUCAACUGAUAACGUUGGAUAAGGCGACAAACACUUUGCUCGACAGUCUGUCAAAAGGAUUAUGUUUCAAGUCUCAAAUAGUCGCUGCGAGGUCUCGGAAACUUUUUAGUUGCAGAGGCGUCUGAGAGACGUUUCCGAGACUACAACCUGGAGAUUUUGCAGCAACAUUCACCCGACUGUCAUGGCUGUCGGGCAUAGUGCUUGACACCUUCCCUAGAGACGUCACAGAGACGUCUCUGAGAUGUCCGGGAGACGUCAGGGAGACCUCUCCUUGGCUAGACCGAUGAAACGUCUUUACAAUGUCUCACCAGUCUUUCUGGUCCUCUGUAUGUCUCCGCGACGUCUCUCAUCUCCUCAUUUCAGAGACUUUGCAGAGAUAUCGCGGAGACGUGUCAGCAGUCGGGGAUGCGAUUAGUCCCCGCGAUGUGGCUGCAGUUGAUAAACAUCUCGGAGGCGUCGUGGAGACAUUACGAGUAUUGAAAAAAAGGUCAAAAAAUGGUCUAAAAAACGGGCAUGUUCAAGUUAGAAAGCCCAGUUAGAAAUACACUUAAAUGAAAAGUUACCAGUACAUCAGUUCUGAGAGGAAAGUUUGGUAAUCAUAAAAUUGAAAAACUUACUGAUCAACCUGAGAAUUCACGGAAGUAAUUUGGUCGUGCGAGAUAUUCAUGGUAUACUGCACGUUUUUGGUUCAGAAUGUCACUGUUGAUUAUACAUGUAUUUAUUUCUUCAUCAUUGGGUCAAGUCUUUUCAGAGGCUUUGAUUACCAUUGUUUAGGCAAGUUUUGUUUAGCACUGAUGCCUUCAUGGUAAUUACAAUACCUUGUCAUGUAUUUCUUUGUAUUUUCUGACUUAUCAAUAUUUUAUACCAAUGUCGAUGGCACACUCAAUACAACCCUCAUUUCAUGAGCUUUGUCGAAUUGUGCACUUAUUGGUACACUGAUGGCGCACUUAUUGAUAUGUUUUGGGCUUGCCCGAUAAUGAAGCAUGUAUCCAUGUAUCCAAAACUAGGUAAAGGUUAUCAUGAUGGGUUUUUUUUUCUAAACGUAUAUACAUGCCCUUUCUGGGGCGGGGUAAAAUUCAAUAUUUCAUUUUGUGUAAGAACACUCACUUCGAUGUCCAAAUAUACACUUUUGAAAAGUGUGGAGUAUAACUAUUCAAUAAAUUAAUAACUUUCACUUAGUUGGACGUUUUAGUUCAUUCUAACUGACAUGUAGUGGGUUUUGAUUAUCGUUUUCAUACUAUACCCCAUUAUUGUAUAUUUAUUCAAACUCCUUUACAUCACUUUGUAACCACAAUGUCUUCCCGUGAACGAAGUGUUUGUUGUGAUGUCAACAUGAUACUUAUUUCUAAGCCAUAUUCUGACAUUCCUAAUCGUGUCUUUGGACGACAUCAAGUCAUAUUUAUGAAUAUGAGGGGAAUAGCCAAUAUCACGAUAAUAAAGUAAAUUUCCAAGGAUUCUGCCUUCCUUGUCAUAAUGUCAAAAAGGUGUAAGUGUAUUCCGGAAUUUGAAUACGAAUUCGAAUAUCAAAUUUGUUUUACCAUGAAAGUAUUAUCCAGACAAAUCAAUGCAGAAUGAUUAACUAAGAUUAUUUGAAACAUUUUUUAAUUCCUCGUUCCACCAUCGUGUAGAAGCGAAUCGAAAAAUACAAAUAUUUCCCCAUUUGCAAAAAUAUACAUCGAUGCAAGGGGCACUUUCUUGUAUAUUCUUCUUGUUCAUGUGGGAUAUUGUAUGGAUCUAACGUUUGCUAAGUAUAAAAGUCUCUAUCCGUUCUCAAUUCAAAUUACUUGUAAGAGGUUCAUUUUAAAGAAGUUUUUAUUUUUAACGAUUAUGCUUAGAUGGAAUCUUUCUUCCAGAGAGGCCAAAAUAAAUCCAAGCGAGCAAACCAAGUACAAAUAACAGAGAACUCAAAUAAAAUGACGAAUAAUAUGUUAUGGCAA